AUGGUUUCAACUGCUAGUCAAUAUGGUCCAAAAGGCGUUUGUAUGGGUGCCACCGAUAAUGCUCAAACUCAAUCGAAUCAAUGGUGUAUUACAUUUCUUGUUAAAUUCAAGUCAUUUGAUGUUAUCAGACCAACGAUAGUCCAAGGGUCGCGGCUUCUCCAAUCAAUACUGUAUUUCAAAGUCAAACAGUCUUCUCUAUCGAAACAUCGAUCUCUAUCAACCGCCCAACACGUAACGGUGCUUGUAUCUACCUUCGAACUGUUGUCGUUCGUUUUUCUGUCGCCCCAUGAAUUCCUGGCCAUUUCUAUUAUGUUAUUUUCGACAAUAAUUUUAGGUAUGGAUAGUAGUAUAAACAAAGGUCCCGAAUCGGUACUGAGCAAUGAUCCAACAUUCUGGGAACUUCUCUGCAUGCAAUCAAAUGCCAUCCUAGCCACUACUUUCCUUGCUGUUUUCAUGCCCAUCAAUGCUAUAACUCUGUAUGCCACUUUUACUGAACUCUUCCACAUCUUUAACCCGUCGAAUGUUACUUUAUCGAUAAUAAGAGAUCCCAUGCGUCGAAUCAAAAUCUUCUCAAAUCAUGCGUCUGGUUUACAAGAUGAAUGA